AUGAUUAAAGAGAAUGAGACUUUUGCAUCCGAGUUUAUUCUCCUGGGCUUUACAAGCCGAGAAGACCUGCAGGUGACAUUCUUUGUCCUAUUCUUUGCCAUCUAUGUGGUCACUGUAAUAGGAAAUCUGGGAGUGAUUGUGUUAAUCAGAAUGGAUUUGUGCCUACACACCCCCAUGUACUUCUUCCUGAGUCACUUGUCUCUCCUGGACAUCUGCUACUCCACCGCCAUCAUCCCUCAAACCUUGCUGCAUUUUGUAGUGGAGAAGAAGGUUAUCUCCUUCGUUAGGUGUUCCACUCAGCUCUUCUCCUUUGCCACUUGUGCCACGGCUGAGUGCUACGUGCUGGCUGCCAUGGCUUAUGAUCGCUACGUGGCCAUUUGUAACCCCUUGCUCUACUCUGUGGUCAUGUCCCAGAGGCUUUGCCUUGGGAUGGUGGCUGGUGCCUACUUAGCUGGUGUGAUCAGCUCCACCAUAUACACAGUUUCCAUAUUUUGUCUCCCAUUCUGCCGGUCCAUGAGGAUCAAUCAUUUCUUCUGUGAUGGACCACCGCUGUUAGCCCUCUCCUGCUCUGACACCCAUGUCAACGAGGUGAUUGUUUCUGCCAUGGUGGGCUUCAACGUGCUAAGCACCACAGUCUUCAUCCUAACCUCUUACUUGUUGGUUCUCUCCACUGUCUUGAGGUUCCACUCUGUGGCCAGUGGACACAAAGCCUUUUCCACCUGUGCCUCUCACUUGGUCUCCAUCACUUUGUACUACGGCAGCUCCCUCUUCAUGUACCUGCGCCCCAGCUCCAGACACUCCUUGGAGCAUGACAAGGUGGUCUCCAUGAUGUACACCGUUGCAGUCCCCAUGCUGAACCCACUCAUCUACAGCCUGAGGAACACAGACAUGAAGAACGCCAUGAGGAAAGCAAAAGGUAGAGUCCUCUCCUGCUGGUCCAUCCACGAUUCCUGGUCAGCUGAAAGGAGAGGACUGCGCUUCCAUGGUAAGGAGGGUUAG